ACACACGCACACACGCACACACGCACACACGCUGAUUCGCUUGUCCUGACGUUUUGAUCUCAAACAUGAGCAGCGCGACCACACCAGAGGCUUGCCAGCAUGUGGCCACCCUCAACCCCCAGCAACUUCAGGACUGGCUCCAGCAGCAGGGCAUGGACGAGCAAGCCAAGCACCUCAAGUCCCUGUCCGGCGCUAUCAUUGUGAACAAGGUCACAAGCAACCCAGCCUGGCUCGUCAAAACUCAGGGUAUGCCCGUCCCCGUCGCUGAGAGCUUCGUUGCCGCCCUCGGCCUGGACACGGCCCCACUCAACAAGCUGUCCAAGAAGGCCGCCUCAUCCUCCUCCUCCUCCUCCUCCUCCAAAAAGUCAAGCCGCAGCAGCAUGCUCUCCCUCAGCUCCGUCGCGUCCGCCGUCCGCCAGUCCGUCACAGGACAAGACAGCGAUUCCGGCGGGUCAAGUGAGGACGACGACGACGACGACGACGAAGAUGCCUCAAGCUCCGACGGCAGCAGCUCGGGCUCGGACAGCGAAGGAAAGAAGAAGACGAAAAGCAAGAAGAAGAAGGAGAGCGCAACCUCCGCCGCACUGAAGAGCGGGUUGAAGAAGUCCGUCCCCUUCUCCAAGUACGGCAUCGCCGUCUACGAGGACAUUACCGAGCGCAUCGACCGCGUCCGCGACUCCAUCAAGAAGAGCCUCAACAAGUUCACCAAGGACUUCCUGAUCCUCUACCGAUCCGCCCUCGUCAACGAGCUCCUGCGCCAGAGCGCGGCCGAUAACGCAGCGCUGGAGGGCGCACCCACGGACAAGGUCCAGCGCCAGCUCGAGCAGGUGCCCGCCAGCGCCCUCUCAAAACGCCCGCUGCACAUGGAGACCCUGGUGAAACGCGGCAACGUGCGCCACUCCUGGAAAGAGCGCCUCUUCGUGGUGCGGCCCGACCACGUCAUCGCCUACUACGCCAGCGCAGACAACUACGCCGCCGGCGCCAAACCAAAGGGAACCAUCAACCUCUGCGGUUACGACAUCGUGCGGGACCCAAACAAGCGCAAGAUCGAAGUACGGGAGCAGCACGCCCGCCUCUUCGGUGGUGAUCCCCCGGACGACUACACCAAGUACGAGCCGCUCACCAUCGAGUGCUAUCACCGCGUCAAGCGCCGCUGGCUCAUCAAGUGCAAGGACGAGGAGCAGUUUGAGCGCUGGCUCGACAUCCUCACCACCUGCAGCCGCUUCGUGUCCACACGGUCCCUGCGUGACCCCGUGGAGUGUGCCGCCUUCGACAACGCCUCGCGCAACUUGGCCAACCGCUUGAACGAGUUCCGCAUUUACGGCAGUGAGAUCGACAUCCUGACAGACACCCUCGCCAACUACUACUGGCGCACCAAGAUCGGCGACGGGCUCUUCUCCAAGCUCCCCGGUGGUCCGGGCAUUAAGGCAAAGGCCGCAGCAAGGGGCUUCAACAGCGUGUACGCGCUCACCAAGAGCGUGGUCACCUCAACCUGGCGCUCCAACAUCUCCUCCAUCGACCACGCCAACAAGAACCUCAAGUCCACCUUCCACACGGAGCUGGGCACCGCCCGCAGCGUGAAGAAGGAGCUCGUGGCGAAGGCGUCCAAGAUCACUGAGCCAAAGGUCGGCGAGAUGCGCACCACUGUCAUCGUGCCGCUGGCCAACGCUGUCGCCGCCUAUCUCCUGCCAAAGACGCAGGGGGCCCUGCGCUCCAGCGAGGUCAUCCUGGACACAGAGACAGCCGCGUAUUGCAAGCAGAUCGCCGGUGGUGCCGACGCGUCGGCCUGCACCCUCGUCAACGUGACCCGCGACCUGAACAAGACGGCGCCCCUCAUGCGCGCCUUCAAGGACAUGGAGGCGGGGCUCUCCGAUACAGGCAUGGCCAGCCAGGUUCCUGCAGACACGCGCGAGGUUGCCGGCAACGUGCUCGAGGUCAUCCGAGCCCUGCAACUCUCGGACAUGGUGCUGAACAUGCGCGAGAAGACGCUCGCCAACCUCGCCAACGCAGCGUACACCUUCGAGACGCGGUUUAAGCAGGCUGGCCAGGCGCAGGAGUUGCACUCCUCCCUGCUAGCUCAGGUCAAGCAGGAGUACAUGCAUGAUGCGCAAUUGGACGCCGAGGACGUUGUGGCGGCGUUCAUCGUCGAGUUGCUCAGCGCCUUGCUUGUGCAGCGUCUCAACACACAGUGUAAGGACGACGUCGUUGUCCUGAGCGACAUUGUUCCAGAGAACCUUCGCGAGUACCUAAACCCCGUCACUGUGUUUGAGGAAGGCAUCCACGAGGAGUUCAAGACGGCUGCGGCGUCUGCCGUCGCCGCCGCUCGCGCCCACUGAAUCACUGAGGCUGAGUUGCCUGCGCUCUGUGGUUGUCCUGUGCUUGUGUUGCACCGUUCUGCUCCUUUUCGUCCCUACAUCGGGUGUUUGUUUUGCUUCCAGUUAGGGUGUUUGAUUUGAUGGGAGCAUGUUGCUUGCCUAAGUGGUGUUUCUGCCUUCCUAAAGAUUCUGUGACACUGUGGGUUCGUUUACAUGGAUGGGUGGGUGGAUGGGUGGUGCCCACGAAAUACGAAACAAAAAAAAAAGUGCAAACCAA